CGAAUUUUCAGGCCUCCGUAAUUUAUUUUGCGGCAAGUUUGAACAGAUAAUUUUGGUGGUGCAGAACAUAACAAGAGGAAAUGACCGACAGGAAGGCAGUGAUCAAAAAUGCUGAUAUGUCAGAAGACAUGCAGCAAGAUGCUAUCGAUUGUGCAACACAGGCUUUAGAGAAGUACAAUAUCGAGAAGGAUAUAGCUGCAUAUAUAAAGAAAGAAUUUGACAAGAAGUACAACCCGACAUGGCACUGUAUUGUUGGGCGAAAUUUCGGGUCAUACGUUACACACGAAACAAAGCACUUCAUCUACUUUUAUUUGGGCCAAGUAGCAAUACUUUUGUUUAAGAGUGGCUAAUUUUCUUUUUGGUCUAUUUCUCCUUUUUCUCAUUCUUCCAAAUGUUACAAUUUUGCAUUAUUUAAACUAGUUUCCAUUUGUUCUUAUGUACAUUACUGAUAUUAUUAAUAACGGCGACAAUGAAAUGGAUCAAAAUACAUCGUUUUCAUGAAUUUUUUUAAAGAAAUGUGGAAGUUGUAUGGCGAGUCUCUUUCCGAAUCUGGAGUAUUUAGCAGAAAUUUUCCGGACAUUUUCUCUCUACAUUUCUUGUAUUUUGAAUCAUUAAAAAAGGGGAAAAUAAUUGCAGAAAUUCACGCUGAAUAUUUAGAAUUUUAGUGCCUUAAUUUGGAUACAUACGAGCAGACACGCAUAUAUGCACACACACAC